ACCAAAAGGUCAUGCUAACCGGUACCCCGGGACACUGAUUAAGAAAAUCAAAAAAGAAAAUUUUGAAUAGAAAAUAAACUAUUUAAAUUUUUGUGAUUUUUGAGAAAAAAAUUCCAAGGUUAAAUUACUAUUUUUGCUCGCAAGACACUGUUUAGGAUUUUCGUUUACUAAAUUACUAUAUCGAUCCAUCCCCUUCACCAUCUUUCUUGAUUGAUUCUACAGACCUCCCUCCCUAUUAUACAUCUCUAUCUACCACCUGCAACACGCACGCUCCCUCCUUCUAACUGUUACCGUUACUUUGUUCUUUUCCGUUAACUCCGCACUUUCAGGUCCCCACAUUUAGUAACAAUAAUUAAAACCCUUCCCACGUCUCUUCCAUUGCACGCAACGGAAAUACCCAAAAACCCCAUUCCCACUACUCCCCACCCCCACAGUACACACACACACAAAAAACAAAAAAAUUGCUUCUACUUCCAUUUCAUGGCACUUAGAAGAAGAAGAAAAGCCAAGUAAUAGCUGGUAACAAUUUGGCGAUAGCGACAUCUUCUCUUUCCUUUUUUGUUUGCAAUUACAAUUACUACGAUUCUCCGAUUUGACUCACUUAUGGAAGCUUUGACUCGGACUUCGUUAACUCAGCUUGCAACACUUUCGUUUAUGAUAGUUUCGGAUUUGGAUCCUCCUUUCUUUUCAGCUAUUAUCGAUUCUUCUUCCUAGUGCUGUUGAUUUCAUUUCUUCUGAAUUCUGCAUAGAUCUGAACUCUUCGUCUGUCAUGUCAAUCGAUAUAUUGAAAAAGGUUCAAUGCUUAUUGCUGAAAUGGAUGCUUAUAUUAUCUUACCUAGUAUUUAUGAUUGAGUCUGGUAUACAUGAAAAAACUGUAGAAAUUCCCACCGGGUUGAGUUAUGUGCUUUCUGGUGGUGCUCCAAUUGUAACACUAUCACCAGACAAUCCUCCUUCAUAUAGUCCUUUCAUAAAUCCUAGCCAACCCCCAAAAAGUUCACAUUUUUCAAUCCCAUUCAAGAAGAGGGGUGAAUGGAAACUUCCAAUUUCUGGCUUUAAAAAUAUUGCUCCUAUUCAUUCAACGGAAGCUGCAGUCCCUUCUGCGUUGACACAGCCACCGUUGACCCAUCAUGCUUCUAAUUGUUGUAAACAAGACAUGGUGUUGAAACGAGGCAGUAAGGGUUGCCACUGUGUAUAUCCCAUAAAGCUAGACAUUCGUCUUUUGAAUGUCUCUCAGAAUCCUGAUUGGGAUAAAUUUCUUGAAGAAUUUGCUACUCAGCUAGGGUUGCAAAAUAAUACCCAGAUUGACCUGAUAAACUUUUAUGUAGUCAACCAAUCAACAUAUAAUAUCUCAAUGGAUAUUACUCCACAUAAAGGCAUCAGUUUCUCUGCCAGCGAAGCUUCUAAAAUAAACUCUUCACUUUUAAUGAACAAGGUUCGAUUAGACCCUGGACUAGUAGGUGGGUACAAACUUCUCAACUUGAUCUGGUUUGAACCUCCACCUCCGACUCAAGCUCCUACUUUAACUGCAUCGCCGGAGAAAGCACCUUUGUAUCAUUCACCUACAGCUACAUCACCGAGUUCUUCAAACAAGGGAGGGCAUUCAAAUCUAUUUCUUAUUCUUGGAAUUGCUAUUGGCAUGCUCUUCAUUGCAAUUGUAUCUAUAUUAAUUUUCUGUUUAUGCACCUUGCUGAAGAAGGAAAAAACACCCCCCAUAGAAACUGAAAAGCCAAGGACAGAAAGUGCUGUUUCAGCUGGGGGUUCUAUUCCCCACCCAACCAGUACACGAUUUAUUGCUUAUGAAGAACUUAAAGAAGCAACAAACAACUUUGAACCUGCAAGUGUACUUGGAGAAGGAGGGUUUGGCAAAGUUUUUAAAGGUAUCUUAAGUGAUGGUACUUCUGUUGCAAUUAAGAGGCUUACAAGUGGAGGGCAACAGGGUGACAAAGAGUUUUUGGCCGAGGUGGAAAUGCUUAGCCGGUUGCAUCAUCGUAACCUUGUAAAACUAGUGGGAUACUAUAGUAAUCGCGAGUCAUCACAAAAUCUACUUUGCUAUGAGCUUGUCCCUAACGGAAGUUUGGAGGCUUGGCUUCAUGGUCCCGUGGGAAUAAAUUGUCCACUGGAUUGGGACACUAGAAUGAAGAUUGCUCUUGAUGCUGCAAGAGGACUUUCGUACUUGCAUGAAGACUCACAACCGUGUGUAAUACACAGAGAUUUUAAGGCAUCCAACAUAUUACUCGAGAACAAUUUUCAUGCUAAGGUUGCAGAUUUUGGUCUUGCUAAGCAGGCACCUGAAGGUGGAGCUAAUUAUUUGUCUACUCGUGUCAUGGGCACAUUCGGGUAUGUUGCUCCUGAGUAUGCCAUGACUGGACACCUACUUGUUAAAAGUGAUGUUUAUAGCUAUGGAGUUGUCUUGCUAGAACUGCUCACUGGAAGGAAACCUGUGGAUAUGUCGCAGCCAAAUGGACAAGAGAACCUUGUUACUUGGGCUAGGCCAAUCCUUAGAGAUAAGGACCGGUUAGACGAGAUUGCUGAUCCGAAGCUUGGGGGAAAGUAUCCAAAGGAAGAUUUUGUGCGUGUGUGCACUAUUGCAGCAGCAUGUGUUGCUCCUGAAGCAAACCAAAGACCCACAAUGGGUGAAGUGGUACAGUCACUUAAAAUGGUGCAGCGCAUCACAGAAUACCAUGAGUCUGUGAUAGCCUCAUCUAAUACACAGACCAAUCUGAGACAGUCCUCUAGCACUUUUGAGUUUGAUGGAACAUCUUCAGUAUUCUCCUCAGGCCCUUACUCUGGUCUAAGUGCUGCCUUUGACAAUGACAACAUUUCUAGAACAGUGGUUUUCUCGGAAGAUCUUCAUGAAGGACGAUGAGCACCGAGAAAACUCAAGUCAUCCAUGAAAAGAUUUUAACCUUGUAAAAUUUUGCGGCUUAUGUAAAGGUUUAGUCAUAAGCCGCAAAAUUUUCCAAAGUGAUUGAAGCUUUUUGCUGUUGGUAAUUGUUUGGGUGACAAUAUUUUAAUUAAUGAGUAAAUAGUGUAGUUAGCAGAUUGUGUUUUUUUUUGAGGAGUUAGCAUAUUAGUAUGUUUUUGACACAAGCAGAUUAUGAAAUUCAAGGUUUAUUUUUGUUGCCAUAA